AUGCCCGUGCUCGGCCUCGGGGUCUACCAGAACUACGACACGGAGCUGUGUGUGCUCGACGCGUUCAGGGCGGGCUCGUCGACCACGGCCCAGGCGUACCGCAACGAGGCGGACGUUGGCUUCGCGGUGGCGGAGUCCGGGCUGGCGCGCGAGGACGUCUUCAUCAGCUACGUCGACCUGUUCCUCAUUCACAACCCCCACUCUGGGAAGGGGCUCCGCCUCGAGAAUUACAGCGCCCUCCUCGAGCGCAGAGACGCGGGAGAUAUUCGCAGUGUUGGCGUUUCCAAUUACGGGAUAAAACACCUGGAAGAGAUCUGCGAAGCCGGCUUGGAGGCGCCAGCCGUGAACCAGAUCGAGCUGCACCCGCUCUGCCCACAGCGGCCCAUCGUCGCGUACUGCAAGCAGCACAACAUCGUCGUUCAGGCAUACACGCCGCUCAUCCGCGGCAGGCGGGACGAGCCGGUCCUCAGGCAGAUCGCAGACAAGCACGGCAUGGACAUUGCACAGGUCCUCGUCCGGUGGUCGCUGCAGAAAGGGUGCGGCUCCCCUCCGCGCGCAUGCGCACCCAAGUGCGCCAGGCUGACCACUCAAGGAAACCCAGGUUCGCACCGCUCCCAAAGUCGGCGACGCCCGCGCGCAUACGCUCGAACGCGCAGGUCUUCGAGUUCGCGCUGGACGACGAGGAUAUGCGGGGUCUUGGACGCGCUCGACAGGGGCGCGCAGGGCGCCGUCACCUGGAACGCGGUCGAUGCCGACUAG